AAUAAAUAAAUUAAUUAAUCAAUAACUCAAAUAAAUAAACAAUUGUGUACAAAUCUUAAUUGUCAGAUAUAAAUUCAUAGAAGAAAUAUACUAAUUAAAUACAAACAAUUAUAUACAUACAUAUAGACUAUCCAUUGUAUUAAACCUACUAUAGUGAAUAAAUGAAACAGUGUCAAAGAUAAAUUCAUUUAUUCAAUUCAAAUAAUUGAAUUUAACAAUAUCAAUUAUAUUAUUCAAUUAUAAUUAAUUAAAUGAAUGGCUGGUGAAAUAGCAACACCAUUAAUUGCAUUUGGAUGUGCAUUAAUUGUUUUUCUCUUUUUCAUCCUCUGUUUAGUGUCACAUCACAUCCUUUGUGGCCAAAGUAAACAUUCUCAAACUUUUCCACAAUUGCCUCCAAUCGAUUCACAUUUUUAUCCAGCUAGUCCACAUAGUAUGCAUGUAAAAGAAGAACCAUUACAAUGUAUUCAUGAAGAGAUGCAAUUAAAAAUGGAUGAGCCAUCAACAAGUAGAACAGAUAUUGGUGAUUUACUCAAGUCCCGUUUAGAAGCCGCUGAAAAUGAUGAUAAUAAUAAUGAAGAUAAUUGUAAAAAUAAUGAAUCGCCCUUAGAAUAUGCAUAUGAAGGAUCUGAUGAAGAACCAUUUCAACAUGUAGAAAUAUGUUCUGAAAAUAAGUGAGUAGACAUUUUGUAAGAAAAUUAAUACGCUUUCAAACUAUAUUAUUAUACAUAAAUUAGUCCUUUUUUUCAUUUUAAACUUAGGAUACUAGAUAUUUAUUACAUGAUCUGACCACCAAAUGGAGCUAUUAAUACAGCAAAAUAGCGAUAACUACGCAGUUAGUCAGUGUCAGCCUUGGGGAAGAUUUUACACUAAUAUCUUGUCAACUUUACUAUUAACGUACAAACUAGCUUCAUAGUAGUAAAAAAGAGGUCCCAGGUUGGUAUAUGUUGUUCUGCAUUUUAGUAUGUAAAUUGCAGUCCUUUUUGAAAGACUAAAAGCAACUUCACACACAUCAGAAUAAGCAAUUUUUCCGCUUGUCCUAGUGAUUUAUCUUUAAGCAACAGAGUAGAUGUAGAUUUCGUUUAAUCCUAUAAAUUAGUUUGAAUUUCCUUUACUUAUGAAUUCCAUUCACCUGAUUAUAUAAAGCUAUUUGAAAAUCCUUUGUUUUUCUGAUACUUUUCAAAGAAAUAAUCUAUAUGAUCCAGAUCAGAAAUAUUUCUUCACAUCAUAGGAUAUCACCUUCACAAUGCACUUAGAUCAAAACUAUUUCAAAAAUAUCAUCACUGAUCAAGUUUAACGGAAUCAUUUAAUUGGUAGUUUGAAACAAAGUUGAGUGGUCAUGAUUAGUCAUUGUAUAAACGGAGAUUAAUUUGUAUGGUGCUUUAAAAAUUCCAGUAAAUUUCUUUAAAAUAUUUACCCCUUUGAAAGCUAAUUUCAAAUUCUAAAGUUAACAGAAAAAUAGACAGGAACCCUGACUUCAGAAAAUGCAACACUUCGUUGACCUGAAAACGUUCAACAACGAAAAAGUGUUUAAAGAAUGAUAGGAAUAAGAUCAUACUAUCCAAAAUUGUAAAAUAUUUUUGUUUGUAAACUAUGUCCCAUAGUGACUACUUCUGAUUUAUUAUUAUUUUUUAACUUAUCAACUUAAAUAUAGCCUAUGACAUUUCAGUUAUUCAUUCAUUAAAAGUUUAAAAUUCUUUACGAUAUUGAUUAACAUGUGUUUUUCAUGAAGUUUUGUUCUCUGAGCUAGUUAGUUUGGUCGUGGAGCUUUCAUCGUUCUUCUGAACGACAUCAUCAGCACAAACUUCAGAUAGAAGUGAGGCGCUAACUCAGCAGCUGAAGGACAACACCAAGCUAACCUCACAAGAACAAAAAGCUUUACAGGAACUCAGAACUAGAAAAGAUAUUGUCAUCGUUCCAGCAGACUAAGGACGCACCACAGUGAUUAUGGACAAAGAAGAAUACAUCAAAAGCCGAGGAACUACUUGAAACGCUUCACUUCUAUCUGAAGUUUGUGCCGAUGAUGUCAACCAGAAGAACGAUGAAAGCUCCACGAUUAAACCAUUCAGCUCAGAGAACAAAACUUCACAAAAAUCAUCCACCUGAGCUACAAAUCUCCACCAUCUCAUUAACAUGCGUUUUUUUGACUGAAUAACUACUCAUUUGAGUUUGAAGUUAUUUGAAUAACAAACUAAACCCUGAUUCUCCCAAGGUCAAUCUAUUCUCAUUAACGUUAUCAAAUAAUAAUAUCAUCGUAUUAAAUAAAUUAUUCAUUAAUUUUCAACAAUUUAAAUGAAGUUGAUAAUAGUCAUAAGUCGUCAUCUUAUUAUUGAAUAAAAUUUUAUGUAUAUGUAUGCUUACUUACUUACGCCUGUUACUCCUCGUGGAGGAGCAUGGGCCACCUAACAGCACUCUUCAUCCAACCCUGUCCUGAGCGGUCCUUACCAGUUUUUUCCAAUUGCUAUUCAAUCUUCUGAUGUCUGCUGCCAAUUCCCGACGCAGUGUGUUCUUCGACCUUUCUCUUUUCCGUUCCUCUUCAGGAUUCCAAGUUAGGACUUGUCUCGUGAUGCAGUUUGGUGAUUUCUUCAAUAUAUAUCCUAUCCACUUCCAACAUGUCUUUUUUUCACUUCCUUUCCAGCUGAAAGCUGGUUUUUCAUCUCCCACAGAAUGCUCUUGCUGAUGGUAUCCUGCCAAUGGAUGUUGAGUAUCUUACGUAGACAACUAUUUACACAUACUUGUACCUUCUUGAUGACGGUUGUAGUAGUGUUUCACGUCACAGCUGAAUCACUUAGAAUGUUGUCAUUAUUAUUACUAUAUCAGUAUAUGAAUCACUGAAUUUCCGUGUUUGUAUAGAAGAAAAUAUUUUAUUAUUUAUUUCGGUAUUAAGAAAAAAUAAUGAAUCAAAUGUUCUGUUUUCAUUUAUUAAGAAGACAAAUUAAUUGACAACUCACUCUUAACUACAGUUACUUACGACUGGUUUAGAUAAUUCAUGUCUGAUAUUCAAAGUUAUUUUCUUUUUUACUUUAUCUUACUGAAAAGUAUCGAACAAAUGAACUAGUACAAUAUCAGUAACUGACUGAAAUCGGAUGUCGGAUAUGUGGAUUCGUUUGUCUAACAGGAGUAGUGCUUUUUUUUCUAGUUUUUAUUACGGAAAAGCCGCUACACUAUUGGUAGGUUAGUACUUAACCAACGUUACGUUAAGAAGUGUCAGUAGCAAAGUUAUUUGAUUUACAUUCAUAAUUUUUUUGACUGGAUAAUCAUUAAUAUUUAUAUCCUAAGACAUUUGAAUAACCAGGGAUUAUUGCUAUGUUUUCUUAACCAUACUAAAAUCUCCUUUUACUAUUAUUACUAUUGUAGUGAACAAGAACACCAGUGGGGAC